GUCACCUGGCUGGCGUGGUCAGUGUGGGCGAGUGUCAGUUGGGCACUACCCUCCUGACCCUCGGGAAGCGGACGGGCAUCCCUACCAUGGCACUGGAUGUCAAACCCUGUGCCCGUACCCAGGAGGACCCCAACGCCCUGCCCAUACACAAAGCCAAGAUGUACCGUCGAUUUCAGUGUGUAACCCACGUCCUCUACAAUUGGUUAAGACAAGGGCGUACCAACACCACCUCCACCACCACCAGCAGUGACCCCAGCAGGCACACCACCUUCAGGAAGUUAUGGCCAACCGUGGGGCUCCUCCCUAAGACAAGCAAUUACCGUCAGGAGUACAUGAACUGCAUAGGGCCGGAUGUGGAGAUUAGCUUGGAGGCCGCGGAGAAGCAGGAGAAUCCGCCACACGAUCUCCAGUUGGUCCUCGCCCGGAGAUUUCUCAAAGGGAGGCGAAUGACCGUGGUCACCAUCAACCGGCCACCGUUCGUGAUCCUGAAGGUAGAAGGAGAGGAGAUCGUGAGCGCCAAGGGGUUCUGUAUGGAGAUGCUGAACGUGAUGGCCAAGAGGUUCAACUUUACAUACAGGUUGGUCCUGCCUUCCGACGGUAAUUGGGGCUCCCCGAUGCCCAAUGGUACCUUCAACGGUAUGGUGGGCAUGGUACAGAGGCAGGUGGUGGACUUCGCCAUCGCCAGCUUCACCAUCACCUACAUCAGGGACACUGUCAUCGAUUUCACUCAUGCGUUCUACGAGGAGCCGACCACCAUACUCAUCCCUCCACCCAGCGAACAGAACAACUUCCUCGCCUUCCUUGAGCCCUUCUCCUGGCAGGUAUGGGCAUUAACUCUAGCCAGUAUUUUGGUGGUUGGUCCUCUGCUGUGGGUACUCGCCAACGUGGGUAACCUGCCAGUCCUGUAUCCACAUAACAUCCGCAACGUCUCCUAUUCUCUCUCACGAUAUGUGUGGGAUUGUGCAUUCGCCUUAGCUUCCCAGAGUACCCGCAUGCGUCAGACGGAACCAGUGCGGGUACUUCAUGGCAUGUGGUGGACCUUCUGCGUUAUCCUCAUCUACACCUACACGGGGACCCUCAUCGCCUUCCUGACGGUGCCAAGGAUGACCAGCCUCAUUAACUCCCUAGAGGAAUUGGCCAAUCAACGCAAGGUUCUCUGGACCUACAGGGCUAAAACUGCUCACGACGUUCUCUUCUCGAAUGCGGAAGCAUCCAGCACCUACAGCAAGAUUGGUAGCCUGCUGAAGGAACGGCCCGAGCUGAUAGUGUCGACGGACAAGGAAGGUGUCGAUGCUGUACUUGGAGGCCGCACCGCCUUCAUUAAGGAAAAAUCCUGGCUAGACUUCGCUAUGGAGGCGGACUACAAAGAAACUAACGAUUGCCGUCUGGCUCAAGUUAGUCAGGUGUUCUUCAGCGCUGGGUUUGGUUGGGUGCUGCAGGAAGACUCACUUUACCUCCAGCUCUUCAAUACCGAAAUCCUUAAGAUGUCACAGUCGGGGUUGUUCAGCAUCUGGAAGAAUCAGUAUUGGCCUAAACCCAACAAGUGUACGGCGGGAGGGACGGCGGCUGCGUCAGGACCCAAGCCACUGCAGCUCAAGAAUUUCUCCGGUCAUUUCUUCAUCUUCGGCGUGGGUCUCUGCCUGGCGUUCCUGGCCCACGUCGGCGAGAAGGUGGUAUCCAGGUGGAGCAGCGGCGACGAUGGGACGGCGUUAUAUAAGCCCGGUGAGAAGAGAAGAACUCGAGAGGAGAGAGUACCUGUUGGCUCACAAGCUCCUGUAUACUACCUACGAGUCAUUCCAGUAGGGGAGAGCGAGCAGGUCCUCAGAGUACGACCCUACCACGCCCACGCUCCAUAUACACCCAUCUUUAGAGUAGAGCCGCCCACAAAGGCACCCCAUGAAACGAGGAGGUCGAUAGUACAGGCUCGUCCACCUAUCCGACAAAUCUCACUUGAAGACAAGUCAAACUUCAAAAGACAGUCGUCGAGUAGUAACUCGAGGGGUCCAGACGACCUCGACUUGAAGGGAGAGUCGAGGGUGACAAAGUCGAAUGAUCAAGAUCUACCUACUUGAUCACCUUGUCACCCAAUCACGAUGAUGAUAUUUUUUAGUACUGAUCACCGAGGAGCCAAUCACAGUGGAGGAUCUUUGGUAAUCUCCGGUACACGAAGUCACAUCAGCCAAUCACAGUGAAGGAUCUUUAGUAACCUUUGCUAUACGACAUCUCAUCAGCCAAUCACAGUAAAGGCUCUUUAGUAACCUUCUCUACACGACUUCUCAUCAGCCAAUCAAAAGGGAGCAUCGAUAAAUUCGUACAACCAAUCAGCUACACGAUACCUAAUCUCAACAGCCAAUCAAAAGAAAGGAUCUAUAAUUAGCCAAAAUAAUUACAGAAAAUACAAAAUCCUCCAAAACACUGAAUUACAGAAACAGGAAUCCAAGAAAUAAUUAAAAAAAAUCAGGAAUACAAAAACAUAAAAGACUAAAAUACAAAAUAGUACAAAAUCAAAAAGUAAACACAAAAUCCCACUGUAGUGAAUUUAAAAGCCACAACCUCCCAUCUCUCUCUCUGGUCCUUCCCCUACUGUGACUAACAAACUCAUUUCCCUUGUAAAAUAGACUAAUUUCUUACUGUAAACGAACUAAUACAAACAGUAAAUUAAGC